AUGUCAUCCUAUCAACAUAAGAGUGGUGUUCAGAAACGUAAACAGAAAAGGGAAGAGAAUUUGAGAAUUGCGAAAUUUCCCAAAAUAAGCAGCUACUUUUCCACUCCAACGACUGCUAGUGUUCCUUCUGUACCGAGUAACACUGAAAGUGAAAUGUCUGUGGAAAGGGCUGUUGAUGUCACAGAGGUGGAAAUCAGCAAGUGCACUUACUUUAGUUCUUUAGAUAUAGCAGGCGAUGAUAAUCCUGAUGAAGGCAGUAGCACAAGUCUACCAACUAAAGAAAUAGUGCAGUCAUCAGAAAGCACCAAAUCAGGUGUUGAUUUUGAAUUGUUGACAUCUACAGAGGCUUCCAUUAGUGCUAUAGAAAGUAGUCUUCUUGGAGAGAAACAUGUAACUGAUAGGGGACAUUACCCUAUCACAAUAAUGGAUUCACCUAUAAUAGCUCAUGGCCGUGCCGACAUCCAGGACCUUUUCCACGAGAUCAAGAGAGAAGGUGCUUUUCUGAAAGCUAUUAUGAACAAAUUGAUGUGA